UCACGUGUAGGGCCGCGUGACUAAGAGAGAGAGAGCGAGAACGAUAGUUUGGCCUUCUCAGAUCUAGGGUUUUUCCUUUCUUCAUUGUCACAGACUCACAAAUACUGUUAUACUACUACUGUUAUCAAAUCAUCGUCGAACCCUAUAUUUGAAUUCUGACUUACAAGUUCGGACACAUCAAGAAAUCAGCAAUUGACCGUCACCGUCAAUUAUUUUGAUGAAACCCUAAUCUGUAGACAGUUUUACUUUUUUCUUGAUUUCAUCAGCAAUAGAUCUAUAAAUCUGGAAAAAUCGGAUCUUAUUAAGAAGAAAUUAUCCAAUUUCAAGGAACGAUAGAUAGAUUGAUUUCCCCUGAAAUUUCACAGACUGAUGAACUCCGUACGGCUAUAUUGAAGAAGAGAAAUUGGCUAAGAAUUUUGAAUUUUUAUUUUUUUGAGAAAAAUGUAUGGAAAACCUACGGUGGUUUACGAAGGAGAAAGGGUGCUGGGAGAUGUGGUAGUGUAUCCAACACAGUCUCAAGACGGUGUCGUAUGGGGGGAGCGUCUUAAGGAAAUUCGGAUAUCUCACUAUUCACAACCCAGUGAGAGGUGCCCGCCACUGGCAGUGCUUCAUACCAUAACGUCCACCGGAAUUGCCUUCAAAUUGGAGUCGUCACAGUCACCACAACACCAGGACUCACCGCUUUCGGUUUUGCAUGCAACAUGUCUCAGAGAUAACAAGACUGCAGUUAUGUCACUUGGAGAAGGGGAGCUUCAUUUAGUUGCCAUGCAUUCUCGGAAGUUUGAAGGACAGGUUUCUUGCUUUUGGGGGUUCAAUGUGCCAUUAGGACUUUAUGAUUCUUGCCUUGUCAUGCUGAAUCUGAGAUGCCUUGGCAUUGUAUUUGAUCUCGAUGAAACACUUAUAGUUGCAAAUACAAUGCGGUCGUUUGAGGAUAGAAUAGAGGCCUUGCUACGAAAAAUAAAUUCUGAAUCUGAUCCACAGCGCGUUGCUGGUAUGAUGGCUGAGUUUAAGCGCUACCAAGAUGACAAAAGUAUUUUGAAGCAAUACGCUGAAAAUGAUCAGGUAAAUGAUAAUGGGAAGGUGAUCAAAUCGCAGUCUGAAGUGGUUCCAGCUUUGUCAGACAAUCAUCAACCUAUUGUUCGACCCCUUAUACGCCUGCAAGAUAAAAACAUUAUUCUCACUCGCAUUAAUCCUCUGAUACGUGAUACUAGCGUCCUUGUUAGGCUGAGGCCUGCAUGGGAGGAUCUUAGAAGCUACUUAACUGCUAGAGGUCGAAAACGAUUCGAGGUAUUUGUUUGCACAAUGGCAGAAAGAGAUUACGCAUUAGAAAUGUGGAGGCUUCUUGAUCCAGAAUCAAAUUUGAUAGACUCCAAAGAGCUGUUGGAGCGUAUUGUUUGUGUCAAGGCUGGCUGUAGGAAAUCACUAUUCAAUGUUUUCCAAGAUGGAAAUUGUCAUCCUAAGAUGGCAUUAGUGAUUGAUGAUCGUUUAAAAGUGUGGGACGAGAAAGAUCAACCUCGAGUGCACGUUGUUCCUGCAUUUGCUCCAUAUUAUGCCCCUCAAGCUGAAGCCAAUAACACAGUCCCCGUUCUCUGUGUUGCAAGAAAUGUAGCUUGCAAUGUUAGAGGUGGUUUUUUCAAGGAAUUCGACGAAGGUCUCUUGCAACGAAUGUCCGGAGUUGCAUACGAAGAUGAUAUUGAAGAAGUUCCUUCUCCGCCAGAUGUGAGCAACUAUUUGAUUUCAGAGGACGAUCCUUCUGUUUCUAGUGGAAAUAAAGAUUCAAUUGGUUUUGAUGGCAUGUCAGACGCUGAGGUGGAAAGGAGGCUACUAAAGGAGGCAAGUACAGCUUCUUCAACUGCCCCUAUGACAUUGACAAGUAUAGAUCCAAGAAUUGCUUCAGCUCUCCAGAGUAUUUUACCAUCUUCUUCUUUCUCAGUCCCAGCAACAACGUUGCAAGGGCCUGCGACAUCUUUUCCCAAUCAGCAAUUAUCUCAACUGACGACACUACUUAAACCACAAUUGGCUCAACGUAGCCCAGCAGAAACAACCUUGCAAAACUCUCCUGCAAGGGAAGAGGGUGAGGUACCAGAAUCUGAAUUAGAUCCUGAUACGAGGAGGAGACUACUCAUUUUGCAACAUGGUCAAGACACAAGAGACCAAGCACCAGUUGAACCUCAAUUUCCUGCACGACCUUCCAUGCAAGUCUCAGUACCAAGGGUUCAGGCACAUGGUUGGUUUCCUGUUGAAGAAGAGAUGAGUCCGAGGCAACUGAACCAAGUGACACCACCUAAGGAAAUUCCAGCAAUUCCUGAGUCUAUUCCUAUCGAAAAGCACCGCCCUCACCAUCCACCAUUUAUCCAUAAAGUGGAGAGUUCAGUCCCACCCGGUAGAGCUCUUUUCGAAAGCCAAAGGUUGCCAAAGGAGGCACUGCCAAGGGAGGAACCAUUAAGGUUAAACCAGUCACUGCCUAAAUUUCAUUCCUUGUCUGGUGAGGAUGCUCCAAUCGUUCAACCAUCUUCAGGAACCAAGGAUCUUGACCUUGAAGCUGGGCAAAUAGAUCCCUACCCGGAAACGCCUGUAGGAGCUUUACAGGAUAUUGCGUAUAAGUGUGGAACGAAGGUGGAGUUCAGGCAUGGUCUUGUCCCAAGCCUGGAACUACUGUUCUCCGUAGAGGUUAUAUUUGCGGGGCAGAAAAUUGGUGAAGGGAUAGGUAGAACAAGAAGGGAAGCACAGCAUGAGGCUGCUCAGGGAUCUCUUAUGAACUUGGCUGAUAAAUAUUUGUCACGUAAGCCUGAUUCCAGUUCUCUGCCUGGGGAUGGGAGUAGAUAUGCUAAUCCAAACGAUAAUGGUUUUAUUGGUGCCGUCAACCCUUUUGGGUAUCAUCCAUUGCCUAAAGAGGAAUCUGCAUCUUUUUCAAUGGCUUCAGAGUCACCCAGGAUUCUGGACUCAAGACUGGAGGCUUCCAAGAAGUCUAUGGAUUCAAUCGCGGAACUUAAAGAACUGUGCAUGAUGCAGGGCCUUGUUGUAGCAUUCCAAACUCAACCACAAUUUUCUGCAAAUCCAGGCCAGAAGAACGAAGUAUAUGCACAGGUUGAAAUUGAUGGACAGGUAUUAGGCAAGGGAAUUGGACUAACAUGGGAUGAAGCUAAGACACAGGCUGCUGAAAAGGCUCUUGGAACCUUGAGAUCCAUGCCCAGUCAGUUUUCUUACAAACGUCAGGAUUCUCCAAGGUCAUUGCAGGGGAUGCCAAACAAAAGGUUUAAACCAGAGUUUUCUCGAUCUUUUCAGAGGAUGCCAUCGUCUGCAAGAUAUCCCAAAAAUGCUUCUCCAGUGCCUUGAAAAACAGAAAAAUCCAUUUUUCUAUUUGGUUGUAUAGCAUGAGCCCAUAGAUUUUGUUACCCUACAAGUUGAAGCCUGUAAAUUGAAGGCAGCUGCCGAGAUUAGGGUUCUGCAGAAGUCUCUCUGGAAUUUGAUAUUAUCCAUGUACAACAAACUUUUGGAAGCCUGACGACAUGCUUGCCCCUCUGUUCGGUUAAUUUUUUGUUUUUUUUUUUUUUUUUGUUUUGUGGAAUAUCAUGGAUUGUUGUAUGAUUAUGUUGGCCUGAAAUGCGAAUGCUUGCAGAAAAAAAAUGAAAAAGAAAAAAGGAGGAUGGUCAAAAGUUUUGCAACUUCUGUUUUAUGUGUUACCCAACGCACGCUCUCGUUCAAUGAAAGCGAUGGACCUUGGUGUUUAGCCAGGGAUUUCAUUUAGCUUCUUCCAAAGGUUAAUAUAACAGGUUUGGUCGACCGGCUUCAUUUGUUUC